CUUGGAGUGUUAUUUUCUUGGCAAACUAUCUGAUCCAUGCACCUUGUCAAAGGAAGGGAAAUGAAGACACUCAGAAGUCUAAUUGCUACACAUUGGUCAAGUGAUGCCCGCUUGGAUGGCCAGACGGCCAUAGUGACUGGUGGCAACACUGGCAUUGGCAAAGAGACGGCCAGAGACCUCGCAUCAAGGGGGGCCCAUGUGGUGCUGGCUUGUCGGGACAUGGAGAAAGCGGAGAGGGCUGUGGCCGACAUCAGAAGAGAGGUGGACGGAGCUAGCGUGGUGGCCAGAAAACUAGAUCUCGCCGACGCCAAGUCCAUCUGUGAAUUUGCUGAGACCAUCUACAACACUGAAAAGUCUCUCCAUUUUCUCGUCAACAAUGCCGGAGUGGCGGCUUGUCCAUAUUCAACUACAGCUGACAGCUUUGAGAUGCAAUUUGGGGUUAAUCACUUAGGCCACUUCUUCCUCACCUUCCUCCUGCUGGAUCUCCUGAAGCACUCGGCUCCGUCUCACGUCAUCAACGUGUCCUCCAUGGCCCACCUGAUGGGCAAGAUCAACUUUGAGGACGUGAACAGUAGGAAGAGCUACCACCCCUUCAGGGCCUACGCCCAGAGCAAGCUGGCCAACGUCCUCUUCACCAGAGAGCUGGCAAGGAGAGUGGAAGACCUGGGCGUAACUGUGUGUGCGGUGGACCCUGGCCCAGUGAACACUGAGAUAUCGCGCCACCUGGUCUGGCCCAUGCAGCUCUUGCAGAAGACCUUUGGCUUCAUGGUGAAGACUCCAGAGGAGGGGUCUUACACAACUCUCUACUGUGCGGUCACCCCAGACAUACAGACUGGAGGAUACUACAGGAACUGUGGUCCGGCGCUAUGCUCCAGGGCUGCCAGUGAUGACCGGGUGGCCUGCAAGCUCUGGGCUCUCAGCUGCUACCUACUGGGCAUCCGCUGGCGCUGACAGCCAGGUCACCAUAAUGCCACCACCAUGGCCUCCUACCCAUAUAUGCUAUGUGUGCGUUCCAAUAUGCGACUUUGCAUCAUCCACUUGUGCUUGUGGCCUCGGCCCGCCUCCUGGCCCCUCGUCCGUGGAGAAAACAAUAAAGUUUCCCAGCUGUGAGACUAGCCACAACAACUUUUGGGGGACUGUUUUUCAUUCACCAUCCCAAUUUCAAAUGAGAAAAUGACUUUACAGUUGAGCUUUUGCGAUAUAUUGAAAUAUAAUGCUGUUGUCAGUGAUGUCAUCAUGACGUACAGUAUUACUUCCUGAUAUGAGGCCACAAGCACAGGCGCAGGACGCAAGGUUGCAUAUUGGAACGCACACCAUGUCUAUGCACCUCCCUCCAACUACUAUUGCCCCCCUCUUUCACCUCUACUGCCACCUGCUGGCCAUUCAUUCCCAUAGGAAAAUAGUUGAGGCUGGACACGUCUGUAGCUCCAGUUUACAACCACAGAAGUUUUCUGUUACUUUUCGGCUUUGAUAUACAAUUUUGUGACUCGAGCCUUGUGUGCGCUUCAUUUUUGUUACGCCGACCUUGAUGGUUGGAACUCAUCAAAACAUUGUCUUGCAAAUGAUCAGGUAGAGAAUACGGAUGUAGGCUAGAGAACAUGUAAUACCAGCAUGAAGAAUAAAAGACAAAAUGGAAGAAGAAUCAGGUUUAAAGGUGAAUGAGGAGAAAGAGACCUUAGGAAUC